AUGGAACAAGGCACAGCUUUUGAAGAAAAAAAGAUAGUAGAACAUGUUAGAAACGCCGCUAACGUAUAUCUAUACAACUUUGACCAAGUGCCCGACAUCAAUAGAGCGCAAGAGACGGAUGACAACGAAUGCUGCCCUGUUGUAUCUUAUUUUCGAAAACCAUAUGAAAGUAUGAUGGCAGUAUGGGAAGUCACAAUGCAAUUAACUUAUUGUAGAUAA